AUGUCGGACAAUAACGACCCACCAGCACCACCGCCAGCAUCAGCGGCAACACCGGCCCCGCCACCACCAGAGACGGCCGCUCCAGCAUCCAGUACCGGCGCGGACGCGGGCUCGUCGACAUCCCCAGACGGCGCGUCCUCCGCCGCCGCCGACACCCCCACCCCCUCUCCAUCCUCCUCCUCCAUCGUGCCCACGGCAACCGCCUCGGCGUCCGCAGCAGGCGCCGCGACGCAGAUCUACACGACCGCACACGAAAAGGCCGCGCGGUACGGCAUGGCGCCGAAAGUCAAGCACCUGCCCGUCGCGCCUACGCCUGCGCGCGCGCCGUCGUCGCUCCCACUACUCCUCAAGCGGCUUGCAUACCUCGUCGGCAUUGUGCUGGGGGGCGGCGCGCUCGUCGCGGGCCUGUGGUCGACCUUCCUGCUGCCGCUGCUGCACGCGACGUACUCGGCGCGCACGGCGCUCUCUAUCCCCCAGAAGGAGCGCUGGCGGUCCCUCUUGGACAGCCUGGGCAAGAUCCGCGCGCUGGGCAUCUACCGCCGCCCACGGGAGAGUGGCGAGGACGACAAGGAGAAGGUGCCAGCGGGCAACGAGCUCGCGCUGGUGCGCACCCGCUCGUCGCAGAAGAGCGACGGAUCCAACAAGGACAAGGACGGCACCAAGCCGCCCCCGUCCGUGACCGCGGUCACUGUUACCUCCGAGGACGAGGACACGCGCACCCCGCCAUCGCUGCACGCCGACCCGAGUGCGCUGUCGGCGUCGCUGCGCGAUCUCGCUGCCAGCCUCGACGCGACGAACACGACGCGCACGAGCCUCAUCUCCACGCUGGAGAGCUACACGUCGGGUCUGCACCGCGAGCUGUUCGUCGCGCGCGGCCUGUCCAACUCGACGUGGGGUGGCGGCAGCGCGUACGGAGGUACCGGCCGCGUCGGCCUCGGCACGCUCAGCGCCAACCUCGCACAGGCGAGUAACCCCAACGGCGGGGCAGCUGGCGCUGCUAGCGGCACCGACAGUGUGCUCGGCCUGCCGGCGGCCAAGAGCCAGGAGUGGGACGCGGUCCGCCGCGAGGUCCGCGCGAUCAAGGGGCUGCUACUUAAUCGGAGGAACUUUGCGGUUCCGGCAGCGGGGGGGAGGUGA